AUUGUACCAGUAGAGUUGGUCAAAACAAAUGGAAAAUGCACAAAUUUUCAACUACAGUUAUUCUUAUUUGCAGCGCCAAAUUAGCAAUGAAGCUUCUUAAAACCCUUCACCAAAGUUACCCCAAAAGAGAGAUGAGAUAAACCCUUUUCAUGGCGUAAUUCAUUGCAAUUCUUGAAAUCUUUUCUGCAAAGUUGUUCAAUGGCUUCUUCAUCACUCGCCAAUUUCUCGCUUUAUGCUCACUCAAGCCUCUCCAGAAAUCUGAAAACCACCCCAUAUCGAACUUCACAAAUUUCACCCAAUUCAUCAUCCAUUUCAAUCAUCCCGUUCCAUAACAAGAAUGAGAAGAGACCCUUAUGUUUUAGCCUCAAGCUCCAAUGCACUCCUGCAAGACCCACCUCGAUUCUUGCCUCAAAAAUCGAUUCUUUAUCAUCCCAGAAGAAUAUUUCAAGAACUAUCACUGAAAAGAUUUUGACUUUAUUUCUUGGAUCAUUGAUUUUCGCGGGUAGUUUAGGUGCUAGGACAGUUUUGGCGCAACCAGUAAGUGAAGAAACCAGUCAGAGUGAACAUCUUGAGGAAAAGAUAGAAGCCCAGGUUGAUGAGAGUGAAGAGGAGGAAAUGUAUGUGAAGCUUUUGGAGCGGAAUCCAAGAGAUGUUGACGCUUUGAAGAUGGUGGUGAAUUUGAAGAUGAAAAAUGGGAAGACUAAGGAGGCUUUGGGAUAUGUGGAAAGGUUGAUUAAGAUUCAGCCUAAUGAGAUGGAAUGGAGGCUUUUGCAGGCUCUUUGUUAUGAAAUGAUGGGACAGUUGGGUAUGGCGAAGAAAUUGUUUAAGGAUAUCCUGAAGCGGAGGCCUCUUUUGCUCAGAGCUUUGCAUGGGUUGGCUAUGGCGAUGCACAAGAAUCAUGAAGGACCUGCAGUUUUUGAGAUGCUGGAGAGGGCACUUGAAUUGGCUCGUCGUGAAACCAGAGUGAUUGAGGAGAGAAACAUAAAAAUACUAAUUGCACAAAUGUACCUUGUUAAGGGAGACUUGGAGGAGGCCUUGGAAAAAUUUCAGAUUCUUAUUGAUGAGAAUCCCAGAGAUUUUCGCCCGUACUUGUGCCAGGGGAUAGUUUUCAGCCUACUUAACAAAGGGAAGGAAGCUCAGGAACGUUUUGAGAUAUAUCAAAGUCUUGUUCCUGAAGGAUUUCCUCAGAGGAAAUUCCUUGACGAUGUCAUGCUGGCUGCCAAGACCGAACCACGACAUAAGCUCGAAAAGGAUUUGCAAGGCUAGCUUUUAGGAACCAUAUUUUGUAAGGAUGAGCAUCGAUUGUUUUUCUAUUUGUUUGUGUCUAAGUAGAGUUCUAGUUGUGCCAAGUUUUGUACAGGGAACACCAUUUUCAGACCGGGAUGAAUGAACCGCUGGAGCUUUUGCCAUCAUUUUGCGUUGGUAAAACCAAUUAAAUGAACUCAUUAAUACGAAAAUUUUUAUCAUCC